GUGGCAGCAGUGGCACGUUCAACUGUCAUAAUAAUGCUCUUUGUUUAAAAAAUUUAAACAAUUUAGUGAGAUCUAUUACGACAAUAUAAUAAAAUAAUCUUUUCUAAUGUGUAUUGAAUAAUUGAUUUAUUUGAAAAAAAUAUUGUCAUGUUAUAAUAUUUUAAUUAUUAUUUAAAUAUGGAAGAAAUAGAAUCCUUAAGAGGUUUACUACAAAAAAGGAGAAAUAUUUGUUGUGAAAAGUAUAAAAAUGAUAAGGAACAACAGUCAGAAGAAUAUAAAAAUCUAAUGAAUCAGUUAAAAGCUUUACGAGAUGAAAGUAUGGACUGUCAAGAGAUUAUUAGUAAAAACUGUAAUUAUUUAAUUACACACGAGAAUGCGGUAAAAAAAUUGUUAUUUGAAUCCAAACAUGCCCAGGGUUUACCAAUAUCGCAUGAAUGCCAUCGACAAUCGGUAGAAUUUUUUUCAAAUGCUUUAGAAUUUUUAAAUAAUUUUCAAGCUGCUAAUGGACCUUUAGAAAUCAUACAAAAUGAUAACAUAGACGCCGAAAAAAUAAUUAAUAAUAUCGUGACAUGUACCAAUCAUGUGAGUAAUGAAUUUUACAAAGCUAAAUCUGCAUUUCUGCACAUAGAGCAAGUCAGAAAUAAUAUCGAUUUACUUUGCAAUCUUGAAAUUAUUUCCGAUGAUGAAAAUGCAGAAUUGAAUUCAUCAGAUUCGUAAUCUGUUGAUCUCAUAUGCAAGCAUUAUUAAUUGUGGAUCGAUAAUCUCCUGCAACAUUUAAACGAUAUAAUAUAUAUUUAUUUUUUAAAAAUAUUUUAUAUAAUAUACUUUUUAAUAUUUUAAUAUAACAAA